AUGGCGGCGGGGCGGUCGCGGUCCCUCUUCUUGUGGGACGACGGGAGCCCGAUGCGGUUCUACGUGCGGCCUGGGCUGGCCAAGCUGCGUCUGGCGCCGCUGGUGCUGGCGGGCGGCGGACGGCUGUGCCGGGUGCAGGAGCCGGGGGCCGUGCUCCUGGCGCAGCGCGGCGAGGCGGCGCCCGCCGGGGCUGUCUCCACCGAGUACGUGACGGAGUGCGUGGAGCGCAAUCGACGGCUGCCGCUGGAGCCCUUCCGGCUGCCCCCCGCCCCGCCGCCCGCCGCCUCGCCCCGCGGCCGCCUGGCCUUCACGGAGGCGGAGGACGCGGCGCUGCUGCGGGCGGUGCGCGGGCGGGGCGAGGCGCGGGCGGGCGGCCGGGCGCUGUGGAAGGAGCUGGAGCGGGCCGGCCUGACGCGGCACAGCUGGCAGGCCAUGCGCGAGCGCUACCGGCGGCACCUGCGGCCGCGGCUCGGGGAGCCCCGGCGGACGGCGGAGCGCGCAGAAAGCGGGGGUCUGUUCGAGGCAGCCAACCGGGAGUUUGAGAGCACGGAGUCAGGAAGUGACACUUCAGACAUUUCGGAAGAACUUGCUACACGAGACGGAGAGGGAAAGGCCCCAGGAGAAACAGCAUCUGGUUUGAAAACUCGACCAGAGGACUCUGUUCUGCCUGACACUCAGUUACAAAGUGAAGAAAGACCAACACGCACUUGCUCUUCUUCCAGCCUGGUGGGAGAAGUAGUAAAAACUAUGCAGCACUUCAUGGAGAAGUUCGGUAUGGACCUGUUCACUGUUACACAGGCCUUCCUGAAAAACACUGGUGAAGUGGAAACAACUUUAUACUUUCUGCAGACGGGGCAGCGCUUGGAUGGGUACCCUCUAUGGAGCAGAGAGGAUGAUUUGGAAUUACAAAAAGAUGAUGAACGUGUCAGAAACAGAUUGAUAGCAAAAUUUGGAGCUGAAAAUGUAGCAAAGCGGGUGGCAUUUAGGAAAAGUUAG